GCCUAAUGGUGCUCCCGCAAGCUCGCCCUAGCUGCACGAAAAGAGGAUAUACGACUCUUUAGCUUCCUAACACUUACCGUCUGCCAAACCUUCGCGAUCAUAAUCCAACUUUGUUGAAUAUUCAAUCACGCGAUAUGCCGAACAACCGUGAAAAGAAAACUGAUUGGAGCGAUAGGCUACAAGAGGCGGCGGCCGCGAAUAGGGAACUAGAGAAAGUACGGGAAUUACUCAAAGGAGUUGACGUUAAAGUGAGGGAUAAUUUAGGCAGAACCGCUCUACACGAUGCGGCAUCCAACGGGUGUGACAACACGGUGCUGCUGCUACUCGAGAAAGGGGCUCUAGUCGAUGCAAAGGAUAAGUCCGGAAGAACGGUGCUGCAUGAGGCAGCGAAGAAGGGGAAUGUAGAGGCAGUACGGCGGCUGCUCAAAGUAAGGGCAGAUACUACGUUAAAGGACGGCAUAUUUGGAAAAGCAGCGUUACACUGGGCAGCGAAGAAAAAGCACGCAGAGGCAGUGAAGCUACUGCUAAAGCAUGGCGCUGACGUCGAAGGAAUAGAUAAGUACCAAGCAACGACGCUGCACGACGCUGCAGAGAGCGGGAGCGAGGUCGUGAUGCAGUUGCUACUCGAGGAAAAGGCUCCCGUCGAUGCAAAGGACUCUAAGGGAAGGACCUCGCUUCACUGGGCAGCGAGAUACGGGCACGAGGCGGUUGUGAAGCUGCUGUGCGAGAACGGCGCCGACCUCGCCAGUGAGGAUAGCGAGGGACGGACUGUGGUGCAUUAUUUAACGAAAUAUCUCAAAGAAAUUAUGCUGUUCUGGGCAGCGGAGAAAGGGUAUGAGGAUUUAGUUGUGGUGUUGCUUGAUGGAGAGGCGUACGUUGACGCAAAUGACAAGGACUACGGGACGGCGCUGCACCACGCCGCCUGGAACGGAAAUAUGGCGGUGGUCUAGCAGCUGCUCGAGAAGGGAGCCAAUAUUAACGCUCGGGGAUGGUCUUCACAUCGAUGGAAAGUUCUCCAAGCCGCAGCUAGAAGACGUUAUUGAGAGGCUGCUAGCAGCAGGUGCCGAGGUCAAUGCUGCUCCUGCUGGAAAUGAUGGACAGACAGCACUUCAAGCA